GCAGGUUAACGCUGGCCCUCUAUUGCUUGGGCAAGCGACCAUGGAUCCAGUCGUGUUCCUGUUCGCGCUCUUGCAAGGUCUCAUCCAGUACCCGCCGCCCGUGGGUGAUGGUUUGGAUGAGGAAACACAUUGGCGCAUGGAAGCGCGUGCAAAGUACUUGGAAUGGGAGAGGCUUCGGCUGGAGCAGCAGGUGGAGCAGCUCUCCCAGAAGAAGAUGCCACACUUGCAGCUCUUAGCUGUUGCUGUGGUCCUGGCCCUGGUCAAUGAUGUUGUCAAUGGGGCUGCACUUGCAGAAAACAACAAUGACAAUGAUGUUGCAAAUGUAGUCCAAGAAGAAGACAACAAUGUUGAUGAUCGUGAUGGACAAGAUAUAAUGGAGCGCAUACAGUGGCCUGUACAGGACCUGCAGAGAGUCUGUGAGUGGAUAACUGACCUGUUGGACAAUUAUACAAUUUGCUUUGGGCAUGUCUUGUCUGACAGUUUCUACCCAGUCCUGCACCGACCCAUCGGGGUGGGCAGUGCCUUUGAAGGUUGGAGUCCCCGUGAGCAGGAUGUCGUGUACCGUGUGCUCAUACCCAUGACUCCUCCCCGAGGCCACAGCUUCCAGCUGGAGCUGGACGGUGAGGGGCAGAGGCACGUGAGGAACUUCCGUGUCCGCGUGCAGCUGGAGUGCACCUGCACGAGGCAGCAGCAGGGUGAGAACAUGCUGUGCUUCCUGCACAACCCCGAGGAGGAGCUGAGGAGCAAUCAGGAUCCCAGCCUCCUAGACACCCUGUGCACCGACUCCUACCUCGACGUGCAGAAAACUGCCCUCUGGUUCCGGCAACUGGUGAAAGCAAUCUGGCCAGCUUUGCCUCAGUCACACAACUGGCAUUUAACGCUGCUGCCCUCCACACGCUCCUGCCAAUUCAAGGUGACCAAUGGUGAAGAAAGCUUCAGGAUUGAGAUGCUGUUCGGGGUGCGGAGAGGUGACUCAGCCAUCUUUGUGAGCAGCCAGCCUAGAGAGGCCUACACACUAAGCACAGCCUGGCCUGAGUCCUAUGCUGUGGCAGAGGCUGAGUUCUUCAAGUACAUUGCCAGGCAGGCCCCCCCUGACAGCUUGCACCUCAAAUGCCUUCAGUUCUUCUCCCGCCUUGUUCUGGGCUUCAGCUUCUCCACCUACACCAUGAAGACCAUUGUCAUGCACCUGCUCAUUGCCAUGCCCGUGUCAUCGUGGAGCAGGGGACAUCUCCGGGAGCGACUGACGGAUAUCAGGGACAGCCUGCAUAUAUGUUUGCGACAAAAAUGCCUCCAGCACUUCAUUGUGGGUAACCGGAGGUUUCCUCAGGACAUCAAUUUACCCCCAGAUGUAAGAAUGGGUAGGACAUACAAUCUCUUCCAUCACCUGGCGCAGCAGCCGGCUGCCCACACCCAGGCAAUGCGGGAUUACCGGGUGCUGCACAAGACGUUCAAAAGGAUCGCUCUCGGAGAGGAUGACUGAAGGAAGGGCAGGAGCCAUGGCCAAGUGCACAGAGCUGUGCUUGUGCUGCUCGCAGCUGGCAGCAGACAACCACCUCCUAGCACAAAUUUGGUGCUAAGGAGAAGAGGAUGCGUGCAAAGGCUCUGGAGAAGGUCCAACAGCCUCUGCUGGCACCUCAGAAAGUGGACUGCCACGGGAGGGUUUAUUCUACUUCUUUGUAUCAUUUCACUUUCCAAAAAAGGCACCCAGUAGUCAUUGAGCCCUGCUCUACAUGCUGAGCUAAAGUCUCCAAACCCCACCUGCAAUAUGCAGUUCUUCCCAGCCUUUGCGGAGAGCUAAAAUUUCAAGCAUGAAAAAAGUGGGAAUCUGGGAC